AUGGAGGGUGACGGACAUGAUUAUGAGAUAGAAGAAGGAUUCAAUCCUCUAGUGGAUGAAGGGGAACAACAAUAUCCACCCCCUCCUCCACUUGAGAAUGUGAAUCAACAAAGGCAACAAGAGCGACCAAGGGAUGUUCGCCCUCGGGUGCAACCACAAGUGCAAAAUCAACCGAGGCAAACUUUGGGCGAGUUCUUCUUGCCGGAUGUGGAUAAUGCCACGUUCGGAUGUUUUGCUAUGCCGGUUCAAGCGGCGACCUUUGAGAUCAAGCCGAGUACUAUCCAACUCUUGGAGAACCGUUGUGCUUUCUUUGGGUUGAAGCAUGAAGACCCAAAUGCCCAUAUAGCCAAGUUCUUGGGGGUCCUUAACACGUUCAAGCUUCAUGGGAUAACCGCGGACCAAAUCAAGCUCCGGAUGUUCCCUUUCUCUUUGAGGGAUAAAGCUAGUUUGUGGCUUCAAUCUCUACCCAAUGAAUCGAUCCAUACUUGGCGGGAGUUGGCUCAAGCUUUCCUUAACAAGUACUUUCCACAUGGCAAGACAACAAAGCUAACCAAAGACAUUCUUGAGUUUGUGCAAUUCGACGGGGAGUCACUCUAUGAAGCUUGGGAGCGCUUUAAGGAUCUACAAAGGAGUGUUCCCCAUCAUAAGCUUAACAAGGAGCAUGUGAUUCAAAUUUUCUAUGAUGCAACGAAUAUCACCACUAGAGCCACUAUUGAUGCGGCUUCGGGGGGGUCUUUGAUGCAAAAGACGUAUGAAGAGGCUCUUGAGUUGGUAGAAAAGUUGGCCAUGGUUAGUAGCACAUGGGGGCCCACGGAUAGAAGAGCACCGGCUAGUCAAAAGUCGGUAAUGACGCUUGACCAAGUUAGAGAGAUGGAAGCUAUCAAGGAGAAAAAUGUUUCACUUCAAGCGCAAGUGGAUGCCUUAAGGAAACAAGUUGCCCCAAGAAAUGCUCCGGUGGCCUAUGUCCAAGUAGGAUGCGAGUUUUGUGGGGAUCUCAACCACUCGGGAGGCGAAUGCCUAGUUACGGGGCAAAGUAUGAGUGAGCAAGUCACAAUAGACCUCCACAACAACAAGGUCCCUACCAAGGAAAUCCAAACCAUGGGAACAACUAUGGUGGUAGACCGCAACACCCUCCCGGUUUUCAACAACCACGGAACACGGAUGAGGGAAAUGUGCUUGCCAAGACCUCAAGGGGGAUUGCCGUCCACUACGGAAAACAAUCCAAGAGAGCAUCUUAAAGCGGUAGAGCUCCGAAGCGGGAGGAAUCUUGAGAAGGCCAAUGGGAAGAAGCAUGUUGUAGAGGAGGAUGAGCCUCAAGUGGUGAUUGAUGUCGCUAGCUCUAGUCAAGAACUCCCUAAUGCUAGUGAGGAGGUGGCUAUUAACAUCGAGGAAGCAUAUGUGAGACCUCCACCACCUCCACCCUUUGUUCCGAAAGUACCAUUUCCAAGCCGGCUAAGGAAGGCACCGGACAACCAAAAGUUCCAUAAGUUCCUUGAGGUUUUCAAGAAGCUUCAAAUCAACCUUAGUUUGGCGGAUGCUCUAAGAGAGAUGCCCCAAUACGCGAAGUUCUUGAAGGACAUCAUCAUGAAUAAGCGUAGGAUAAGCCCUCAAGUUGUGAUGCACAAGAUUCAUCUUGAAGACGAGUCGAAGAGAUCAACUCAAAGGCAAAGGAGAUUGAAUCCAAAUAUGAAGGAAGUUGUGCACAAAGAGAUUGUCAAGCUCCUCGACGCCGGGAUAAUCUACCCUAUUUCGGAUAGUGGGUGGGUUAGCCCGAUUCAAUGCGUGCCUAAAAAGGGAGGUAUAACGGUGGUGGAAAAUGACAAGGGAGAGCAAAUCUCCACAAGAACGGUGACCGGUUGGAGAGUAUGCAUUGAUUAUCGAAAGCUCAACGCGGAAACCCGAAAAGAUCACUUUCCGCUACCAUUUAUCGAUCAAAUGUUGGAGAGAGUAGCGGGUCACAAGUUUUACUGUUUCCUCGACGGGUACUCCGGAUACAACCAAAUAUUAAUUCUCCCGGAAGACCAAGAGAAGACGACCUUCACAUGCCCCUACGGUACCUUCGCAUACCGCCGGAUGCCUUUUGGUCUAUGCAACGCACCCGCUACAUUCCAAAGAUGCAUGACCUCAAUCUUCAAUGAUAUGAUUGAAGAUAUUAUGGAGGUGUUUAUGGAUGACUUUUCCGUCUUCGGGGAUUCUUUUGACAAGUGCUUGGUGAAUCUUGAACGCGUAUUGAAACGGUGUGAGGAAGCAAAUUUGGUACUUAAUUGGGAGAAGUGCCAUUUCAUGGUUGAAGAAGGUAUUGUGCUCGGGCACAAGAUUUCCGAGAAAGGUAUUGAGGUGGAUAGAGCUAAGACGGAGGUAAUCGAGAGGUUGGUUGCCCCGAUCACGGUGAAGGGAGUCCGGGCAUUUCUAGGCCAUGCGGGUUUUUACCGGCGAUUCAUUAAGGACUUCUCAUCUAUUGCAAGACCGUUGACGAAUCUCCUAGUGAAGGAUGCCCCAUUUGAGUUCACAAGGGAGUGUUGUGAGGCGUUUGGGAAAUUGAAGGAAGCACUUGUGACCGCUCCGAUCAUUUCAACUCCGGAUUGGAGUUUACCUUUUGAGCUCAUGUGCGAUGCAAGUGACCAAGCUCUAGGGUGUGUGUUGGGGCAACGUAAGGAGAAGCGAGUCCAUGUGAUUUAUUAUGCUAGUAGAACUUUGGCGGGGGCUCAAUUGAACUACACCACCACGGAAAAAGAGAUGCUCGCCGUGGUUUUUGCUCUUGAUAAAUUCCGGUCUUAUCUACUUGGGGCCAAGACUAUUGUUUUUACCGACCACGCGGCAUUGAGGCAUCUUUUUGCCAAGCAAGAUGCAAAGCCUCGCCUAAUCCGGUGGAUCCUAUUGAUGCAAGAAUUUGAUAUUGAAAUCCGGGAUAAAAAGGGAACGGAAAAUGUGGUUGCGGACCAUCUAUCAAGGCUUGAGAACCCGGAAGCAAUCCCAAUUGGAGUGGAGAUUAAUGAGAAAUUCCCGGAUGAAAUGUUGAUGGUGAUCUCGGAAGUCGAUACACCUUGGUAUGCGGAUAUUGCAAACUACCUAUCUUCGAAUAUCAUGCCUCCGGAUCUAUCCCAUCAUCAAAGAAAGAAAUUUUUAAGCGAUGUGAAACGAUUUUUGUGGGAUGAACCCUACCUAUUCAAGGUAUGUGGGGAUGGGAUGAUUCGGAGGUGUGUACCAUUGAACCAAACUAGCGGCCAAGUCGAGGUGUCCAACCGUGAGUUGAAAAGAAUAUUGGAAAAGACGGUGAAUGGGUCUCGAAAGGAUUGGUCCUUAAAGUUAGACGAUGCUUUGUGGGCAUACCGGACGGCUUUUAAAACACCGCUUGGUAUGUCCCCUUUUCGCAUUGUCUACGGAAAGGCGUGCCACUUACCGGUGGAAUUAGAGCACAAGGCUUAUUGGGCCAUCAAAAAGUUGAAUUAUGAUUUCAAGGCGGCGGGUGAGAAGCGCAUGUUACAACUCAAUGAGUUGGAUGAAAUCCGAUUCAAUGCUUAUGAGAAUGCUAAGCUCUAUAAGGAGAAAACAAAGCGGUGGCAUGAUGCUCACAUCUCACCCAAGACUUUUGAGGUAGGAGCCUUUGUGUUGCUCUACAAUUCAAGGUUGAGAUUGUUCCCGGGAAAAUUAAAAUCUCGGUGGAGUGGGCCUUUCAAGAUUCGGCAUGUAGCAACCCAUGGAGCUUUAGAAUUGGAAAACCAAAAGGGGGAAACGUUUAAGGUCAACGGACACCGUUGCAAGCCCUACUUGGGACCUUUGACGGAUCAAAUAGGCGAACAAGUCUAUCUAGCCCCUCCUUCGUAAGUCUCAUGUGA